UCAUCAAAUGACUAUAUGGUCACAUUGGGUCUCAAAACAACCCUAGAAGGCCUAGAAAGCAUGAAGACUGUAGUUUUUCUCCUAUACAUUUUGGGAACUGCAACUGCAAUACCGACAAAUGCAAGGUUCCUGUCUAAUCAUCCGAAACCAACUGCUGAUUCCUUGAGUUCCAUCCAACAGGCUGAAGUGUUAGUAACACCUAACAACACUGCAAUCCCCAUGUUAAGGGUUGAAGAUGCAGAAAAUGAAAAGGAAAUUGCAGUGCCUGUAGAAGACCAUCCCGACCAUAAGGCUGAAAAAUCUUCAGUACUAAAGCCAAAGGAGGAAAGCCAGGACCAGUCAGCAGAUCAGGACCAGAGUUAUAGCCAAGAGCUCGGGUUACAGGAUGAAGAGGAGAGUGAAAGUGACUUAAGUGAGAAUGUGGAGUACAUACCAUCAGAAGGUACAUUGGACCUAAAAGAAGAUACGAAUGAGCCUCAAAAGAAAAAAACGCCAGAGAACAUUGAUUUCCUUGCUCCUAAUAUUAGUUCCAUUGUAGAUAUUAACCAACAAGAAAGCAUCACAAAAACAGAAAAAAAACAAGAACAACCAAUGAAUGAAUUACAUUCUCAGUUGAACAGGAGCAACAAACAUAGCCAAGAUGUAAAUGAUCAAGGAAACCAAGAGCAGGAUCCAAAUAUCCCCAAUGGAGAAGAGGAAGGGGAAGAAGAGCCAGGUGAAGUCAGUACCCACAACAAUAACAAAGAAAGGGAGAGAGAAUUUCCCAAGGAGCAUUCUAAUAGCAAGGAGGAUGAAAAUAGUACCAAAUCUGAUGAUGUUUUGGAAAAGUCCAGUGAACCAACUGAAGUAAGCAAAAUGCAGAAAGCUGAAUUUGAGCAGGGUAACCAAGAACAAGAAGAGGACAGUUCCAAUGCAGAAAUGGAAGAGGAAAGUGCAUCAAAAAUUACUAAGCACAGCCAAGAUGCUGAAUGGCAGAGCCAAGAAGAAAAACCUGAAGUUACCAGCAACCAUGAGGAGAUGGAUAAAAAGACUGUUUCUGAGGCUUUGCUCGUGGAGCCUACUGGUGAUGGUAACACCAUGCCCAGAAAUCAUGGGGCUAAUGAUGAUGGUGAUGAUGAUCCCAGACACGAUGCAACUGAUGACUACGAAUUCAUCCCAAGUGAGGCCUUCCUGGAGGCUGAAAGAUCUCAGUCCAUUUCCUAUCACCUCAAAUAUGAAGAGGAAAGAGAAAGAGAAAAAGAAAGAGCACAUGAAAAUGGGAAUGUAGAUGCCAGUGAACCUGGAGAAUACCAAGGGGCCAAGAAAACAGAGAGCCUACCAAAUGAAGGUGAAAGUUCAUAUGAAGACAACAGAAUGGUACAUGGUACUGAUUCUUGCAUGAACUUCCAGUGUAAAAGAGGACACAUCUGUAAAGCUGACCAGCAGGGAAAACCCCACUGUGUUUGCCAAGAUUCAGUGACUUGUCCUCCUACAAAACUCCUUGACCAAGUUUGUGGCACUGACAAUCAGACCUAUGCCAGCUCCUGUCAUCUGUUUGCUACUAAAUGUAAACUGGAGGGAACCAAAAAAGGGCACCAGCUACAACUGGAUUAUUUUGGAGCCUGCAAAUCUAUUCCUAUUUGUACAGACUUCGAAGUGACUCAGUUUCCCCUAAGGAUGAGAGACUGGCUCAAGAAUAUUCUCAUGCAGCUUUAUGAGCCAAACCCUGAACACGGUGGUUAUCUAAAUGAGAAGCAGAGAAAUAAAGUCAAGAAGAUUUACCUGGAUGAAAAGAGGCUGUUGGCUGGGGACCAUUCCAUUGACCUUCUCUUACGGGACUUUAAGAAAAACUACCACAUGUAUGUGUAUCCUGUGCACUGGCAGUUUGGUGAACUUGACCAACAUCCUAUGGACAGAGUCUUAACACAUUCUGAGCUUGCUCCUUUGCGAGCAUCUCUGGUGCCCAUGGAACACUGCAUAACUCGCUUCUUUGAGGAGUGUGAUCCCAACAAAGAUAAGCACAUCACCCUGAAGGAGUGGGGCCACUGCUUUGGAAUUAAAGAAGAAGACAUAGAUGAAAAUCUCCUGUUUUGAAUUAAGAUUUGAAAGAAUUCUAACAUUCCAGCAUCCUUCUCUGUCCUGACCACUCCUGAAAAUAUAUGCAUCCAUGAUACUUGUAGAUUUAUAUUUAGCAAAACUUUUGCAUGUGUGAGAUGACAAUAAGAGUAAUGGCUUGCUGACAGUGUAUGCACUAAGCAUUUAACAUUAACUUUGGAAUUAAACUUUAAAAUAAAGUCUACAUAUGCAAAAUCCUGUAUGCUGUUUGUGAAAACUCUCUACAUCUGUUUGUGAGAUACUUCCUAAUUACGAAACUUGAAGAAAAUACUACAUUCGUUUUGUUCAUAAUAUCAUGUACACUUCAAGAAAGUGGAAUAAUGCUCUUUUGUCAUUAAUGUGCAUUACUUUCAGUAUCUUAAUAUCCUAAUAAAAAUCCAAAUGCUUACUCAA